UCUGGGGUCAAAGGGCGUUGCGGCACUGGCUGGGUUUUUGCAUUAUAAGGACUGAGCUAUAAGAAGGGAAAGAUUCAAGAAGUUUAAGAACUUCUUUUUAUCCUGUUCAUAGUGUAGUCUGAUCUCUCCUUUUUGCCUGCUAAAAGAUGGCAGCGUCCGCAAAGAAAGUUGCAAUAAUCGGAGCUGGGGCCAGCGGCAUCACAGCCAUUAAGUGUUGUCUGGACGAAGGUCUGGAGCCGGUGUGCUUGGAGCGGUCAGAGGAGGUUGGUGGAUUGUGGCGUUACACCGACACGCCUGUAGAGGGUCAGGGGUGUGUGAUGAAGUCGACAGUGAUCAACACCAGCAAGGAGAUGAUGGCCUACAGUGACUACCCCAUCCCAGAGAAGUGCUCAAACUUCAUGCACAAUACAGAGGUCUUUGAGUACUUCAAAGAUUACGUGGAGCACUUUGGUUUGAGAAAGCACAUCCGAUUCAACACGUCUGUGCUCUCUGUGAAGAAGACCGAAAAUUUCCCCGUCUCGGGACAGUGGGAAGUGAGGAGUAAAGAUGACAAGAGUGGGGAGGAGAAGACAGAAGUUUUUGAUGGUGUUUUAGUCUGCUCCGGUCACCACGCUGACAAGUAUGUUCCCACCUUCCCUGGAUUGAGUGACUUUAAAGGAAAGGUUGUUCACAGCCAUGACUACAAAGUUCCUGAUGAGUUUGCUGAUAAGCGAGUGGUCAUAAUUGGCAUUGGCAACUCUGGAGGAGACAUUGCGGUGGAGCUCAGUCGCAGAUCCAAGCAGGUCUUCUUGAGCACCCGCCGGGGCACGUGGAUCUUGCACCGAGUUGCUCCUCAAGGGAAGCCACUGGAUAUGGUUGCCUUGAACCGCUUUGUCAUGUUUUUGAUUCAGACGUUCCCCACACUUUUUGGAAUGAUAUUAGAGUAUCAACUAAACCAGAAGAUUGACCACAAGCUCUACAGCCUGAGACCAAGCUAUGGACCUGCUGCACAGCACCCGUUGGUCAACGAUGACAUGCCAAACCGUAUCAUCUGCGGCAGCAUUAAAAUCAAAACUGACAUCAAACGGUUCACGGCCACCGGCGUGGAGUUUGUGGAUGGAACCUCUGAAGAGGACAUCGAUGCAGUCAUCCUGGCUACAGGGUACUCGUUCGGGUUUCCCUUCAUUGACAAAGAGGUUAUUGAUGUUCAAGAGAACCGUGUGCAGUUGUUCAAGUACAUGUACCCACCCGACCUUGAGAGGCCGACUUUGGCUGUGAUUGGCUGUUUUCAGCCACUGGGGGCAAUCAUGCCCAUCAGUGAAAUGCAGUGCCGUGUAGCCACAAGGGUCAUUAAGGGUGAGGCGUUUCUCCCACCAAAGAGUGAGAUGUGGGAAGACAUUCGAGCGAAAGAAGCGGAGAUGGCCAAGCGCUACACCAAGUCUCGGAGACACACCAUCCAGGUGAACUACUCUCCCUUCAUGGACGAGCUAGGGGAGAUCAUCGGAUGUAAACCAGACCUUUACCAGCUCUUCCGUCAUGAUCCAGUGCUUGGCUUCAAGGUAGCGUUUGGCCCCAUAACGCCGUACCAGUACCGUCUGAAGGGCCCGUUGGCGUGGAAAGGUGCGCGGAAAGCCAUCAUGACUCAGUGGGAUCGGGUCAGUGCCCCACUGAAGACACGACCACUACCAAUUCCAGACUCCGGGACAGGCAACAACCGUCAGUUGAUGAUGAUCGGAGUACUUAUACUGCUGGUGUUUAUCUUCCGAUAUCUAUUUUUAUAAGAACUGUCUGGACACGUGGCCUUUAGUGUGGUCUGAUGGUUCUGAAUUUGUCUGUAAUGUGUCAGCAGCUAUAUUUUUCACUGAUCAUUGUGCUUGCUCACUUUUGUAUGAUUUCUACCAAAGGAAGAGGUUAGUUCGAAAGGGAGGCUAACAGGUAAUUUUUUGAAAAAAAUGCGACAAAGAGUUUUCAACAUUUUGGAUUGGGCACAGGGACAUAAAAAUAUCCCAAUAUUUUUUUUGCUCGAAAGGUUUCUCUGUUUCACUUAUAAUAAUAUACUUUACUGGAUAUAGAAUGUGGGCUUUGAAUUCUGAUGACACAAUUAUACAUUUUUUUCCUUAUUAGCCCCACAUCCCUUAAUUUGAACCAACCCUGUGAAAAUACGCUUGGAGAGACUAAGAUUUUAGAAUAUUCCAAAUCUUACGCACUUUGUUACAUUCAGCCAACAAGUUUUUAUGUCAAGGUUCUCCAUUGUGGUAAUUCUUCAGAUUUCUGGACCUCAAGAGGAAUGAUUGAGUUUGGACAUUUUUACAUUUUCUUUGUAUUAAAGCUGCACUCAGGUAGUAAUGAUAAAUAUGUUGGUGAUAAAUGGACAACUCAAUAUUUUGACUGUACAUUUCUAUUUCUAUCUGCGAAGACAUAUAAAGUGUAUAAAAUGGGCAUUUUAUUCUGAUAUCGAGCGAGAAGUUGCUAUCUCAUGACAUUUUUUUCAAAGAUGUAUUUUUUAAGAACUUACAUCUAACUUGCUAACAAUAAUACAAGCAGCAGCUAUUCUGAAUCUUUUCCGAAGGGUAUUUUGUUAUAACAUAGAUUUCACUGGCUUUGUGAUUUCAGGGUGCUUGUUUUGAUUUAUUUUAUUAUGUUGUAGAAUCUGAGGAGGAAAGUUGUUUUGGACAAGGUUUGGGUUAUACUAGAUGCAAUGAACCAAUGUGUAGGCAUGUUUUGUGUGUUAUGAGGAAAUUGGUCAGUUGAACCAGAUUUUUACUUUAUCCCUCAAAUUUUUUUAGUUCUUAAUUUAUUAUCGCCUUUUUUCUAUUUGCUGAACAUUUGAUGCUUUAUUUUAUUCCAGUGAUACCAGGGUAUCUUUUUUACAUCCAGUACACAGAUUUAAGACAUUUUUAUUGUAUGCCAGUGGCAUCUAUAAUGAUUGCUAUUGGUUCUGUAAAUUAAGACUAUUUCUACCCAAAAUAGAUAACAUUUUUCUUUGUUGUUCUAUUUAUUCAGGGAGUUAAGACUUUCUAUAUAUAUAUAUUGUCGGUGCUCUGAUGGGACCUUGCUAACUUGAACUUUGGAGAAAAUAAUAAUUUUUUUUUGCACCAAAAGAUUCCUGAUACCUUGAUACAUUAUCCUCAUCCAAUGCCAGAUCUGCGGCAGACAUUGGCGAUCAUGGUUCUCCUUUCAUCUCUUUGCUCGGAUGCUCUUAAAAAA